GUUUAAAUGGGCCAAGUUAGGGAAGCGGCAAAGAGUGCAAAUCUUGUUUGGUCUGGGUCUAUGAACUAAAGCGUGACUUUAGCGAUAUAUACAGGGUUAAAAAAACAAGCCAUGCAAACGUCUCAUUAGCUUUAGCCAUUAGUUUCAUCUGAAUACAUAAAAGGGACGAAAACGGUGUAUAAUUAUUAACGUAAUCUGCCAGGCAAUCAAUAUCAACGUUUUAAAUCCAAAGACAGUCUAUUGUUAUCUUUGAAAGUAGCCUAUGACUUAACCCCAUCAUUGAUCUAUCGUGACACAAUUUUAUCAGUUGGCAUGUUUAUUCGGUUGUGUGGCGUAAAAGCGCGAACUGGGAUGUGUCAGAGUUUCUGUCUGUAAAAGAAAACAAAGCAGUUGCUCGAAAUAUAUUUCAACAAGCAGCACGACACCUUAAAAAUUAGCUUCGAAUCAAUGAGGGAUCAAUAAUUAACGUAACGACCACGGCGAGACUCUCGUAGAUGUCAUGCAUUAGCUGUACGAGUGCGAUUAGAUGUGGUAGGCUGGAGCUUGGUGAAAGCCGUCAUGCAAGUGAAGCAGUGAGCCCACCGGAGAGGAGGAGAGGGAGGCUGUUGAGAACUGGGAACUGGUGAAUGGCAGUCUGUUGGUGAACUUACGCGGACGGCUGUCAGACAGCAGCGACACUGGAGCUCGCCUCGAGUGAAAACAAAGUGGAGCGCCUGCAAGUCUGAAGCUAACCCAACUCCGUAAAGAGGAUACACAAGUUGGGGACGGACGAACUGCUAAUCACUUGUUACCGGCGCGCUCCGCUGCUAGUAACAUGCCUGCCAUCAAAAAGGAGAGACUGGAUGGGGAAGAUAUGGCAUUAGCUGCCUUCAACCAUCCCGAAUACCUGGCCCCUUUAAAUGCCACUGCUAUCCCCGUGGUGACCCCUCAUCCACCGCCGUACGACCACAUUUUCGCCCAUCAUCGAGCCUACUUGGGGCUCCACGACACAACGCUGCAUCACCAGAGUCUCCACCACCACCCGGACGACUUAAUGCUGGAGAGGUUCUCAUCCAUUCCGGACUUUCAGCCGUUUUUUGACAACGGGGAGCCGUGUAUCGAAGUGGAAUGUGGGGAGAACAAGGCUUUACUCUACAUUAACAAGCUAUGUCAGGGCAGCAAAGGACCCUCUAUCAAAUAUCGGGGUGAAUGGCUAACCCCAAAUGAGUUCCAGUUUGUGAGUGGACGAGAGACAGCAAAAGACUGGAAAAGAAGUAUCCGACAUAAAGGGAAGAGCUUGAAGACCCUUAUGUCCAAAGGAAUCUUACAGGUACACCCCCCAAUCUGCGAUUGCCCCGGCUGCCGCAUCUCAUCUCCAGUGAACCGCGGGCGCUUGGCGGAGAAGCGCACGGUGCCCCUGCCGCCCAGCCGCAUCCCCAAGAAGGAGUUGGCGUCCAUCUUCAGCAGCGACGACAGCGAGGGCAGCGAGCGCGCCAGCGGUGACCGAGACCAUGACAUCAAGCAGGAGGAGGACCUGCACUACACUAUCAUGAGAAAGAGUCGUGACAGUGACCUCUCAACGAUCAUCUCCAACCUGCACAACACCCGACAGCACGGCAUGCCCGAGGGCCAGCCCUGUGCCGACAUUAACAACCUUGGCCCCGGACAGGCAGAUGACAUUCUAGGCAAGAGGAGAGCAUACUCACCCAACGGCAGCAGCGAUUGCCCGUCCGACAGCAAGAAGUCCCGCAGCGUGUCUCCCAAAGAGAACUCGCACACCCCCGCGUUGGAGCCGGGCAGUCACAUGACCCCCGAGGAGCACUACCGGCGGAUGAUGUCAGCGCUGAGCGAGCACGGCUCCUACGAGGAGCAACAACAGAGGCUCUACCAGCUGGCCAACAGCCAUGGAGAGCUGCUGCGGGCGCGUCAGGAGGCCCUGGCGGCCGUGAGGAACCCCGCGGCCAUGGAGGCCCACCUACCCUCCGCAUCCAGCUCCUCCAGCCAGCGUCGCAAGCAGGGCCUGCCCCAGCACCGAGACGCACACUUCAGCGAGAGGGACAUGUCCCACCCUCCCCCGCUGCUCUCCCCUCAGAGUGCCCCCCACAUCGCCCUGGGCCCCCACCUACGACCCCCCUUCCUGGGGAUGCCCUCUGCACUCUGCCAAGCCCCAGGUUAUGGCUUCCUGCAGCCUGCCCAGGCCGAGAUGUUCGCACGGCAGCAGGAGAUGCUACGCAAACAGAACCUGGCCAGGCUAGAGAUGUCUGCCGAGCUGCUCCGCCAGAAGGAGCUGGAGAGCCUCCACCGCCAGCGUCUGCUGACCGACCCGCUGGGCCUCCACGCGGCCGCCGCAGCAGCCGCCGCCGCCGCCACCCUGCCCCCCGAGCACCCGGCCCUGCGCAGCCUCCAGGACAUCCCCGAGGGACACCCGCUCCGCGAGGAGCUGAGCCGGCGCUCGGCCGCCGCCAUGAUGGUGCUCCGUCACAGUAGCGGCGGCAGCAGCAGCGCCCUCGCCGCAGCCGCCACCACACCGUCGUCGCUGCUCGCACUCAACCACCAGGGGGCCUCGUCGUCCUCGUCGGCGUCACAGCAGCAGCAGGGGCAGCAAGCCACCACGCCCUCGAAGGAGUCCACGUCGUCGGGGUCGGUGGCGUCCGGAUCGGGGUCGGGCGCCCGAAAGAGCGCGCGCAAGGGGCUGUACGAUGACGGCAAGGAGGGCCACCACCACGGCGGGAGAGACGGGGACGGUGACGAGGACAUGAAGGACUCGGAUAGUGACGGGGAGGACGCGAUGGAGGAGCGGUACGAGAGAGGAGGAGGGCCCGGGAAGUCCGAUCACCUACAUGGUCACCUGCACGGCCACGGGCACGGGCACGGGCACGGGCACGGCUCCAGCGACGGGCUGUCCAAGUCGGGCGGAGAUGGCGUCGGUGCCAAGGAGCUGGGCGAGAGCUCGGGACGCCUCAGCGCCUCCUGCAGUUCGACCGGUGCCGAGUCGCCCAAUCACCACCACCACCACCCGCACCACCACCACCACCACCCGCACCACCAGCUCUACACCCCGGGGGGGCUGGGGGGCAAGGGAGAUGCCAAGUACCACCUGCCCACGGGAGUCAUCCCCCCGCUGCCCACGCUGCCAGGACAGACGCUGCCCUUUGGAUUCCCCUACGCCAGCCCCUACUUCCACUCGGGCGCCAUGGGAGGUCUGUUCCUGGACGGGGAGGAGGCGGUGCCCCUGGAGGACGUGGCCAAGUGGACGGUGGAGGAGGUGUGCAGCUUCGUGGCCGGCCUUGCGGGUUGUGCCGAGUACACGCAGGUUUUCAGGGAGCAGGCUAUUGAUGGAGAGACCUUACCCCUGCUCACCGAAGAGCACCUGCUCAACAACAUGGGCCUCAAACUGGGGCCGGCACUCAAGAUACGCUCUCAGGUGGCCCGGCGCAUUGGCAGGAUAUUCUACAUGACCAGCUUCCCGCUGGCUCUCCCGCUGCCGCCAUCUGCGCUGCGGCCCCCGGACAGGGACCCCCCGCUGGCCAUGGAGACCCGGGCCCCCUCCCCCUCCCCCUCCCCCUCCCGCUCCCGCUCCGCCUCCGCCGCCGGCAGCACCUCCUCCCCCUACAGCAGCAGCGGCCCCGCGGCUGUGGCUACACCGGGCCUCCUCCCCCGCGCCUCCUCCUCCUCGCCCAAGCAGGAGAACGGAAAUGCAGGGGCCUCCUAUGAGUCCUCCUCCUCCUCCUCCUCCUCUUGCAGUGGAAACACCACCACCACCACCACCACCACCAAACCCCCCUCGUAGAAGUGACCGCAAACUGCCCUCCCUCUACUCCUCUCUUCUCCUCGCUCAAUUCCCUUCCCCUGCCUCUCUUCUGGCAGCGACUCGGUGUACAGGCUGGGGAAUGGGGUGUAGGGAGAUGGGGGGUGUAGCGAGUGGUGGUGGGGAUGGGGAAGGGGGAAACUGGUGAGGAGAUGCUAGGAAGAGACUAUGGACUGACAAAUAUGAAGAGCCUUCAGGCUGCAUCUUCAAUCCGUUCUCUCUCGCUCUCUCAUAUACUUUGUUUUGAACAAUCGUAAGCUUCCUCUUGAAAUGACGACAAAAAAAGACAUUGAGGACCUUUUUUUCAAAAUCACAGGCACUUAACAUUUGUGGAUACUGAAAAACAAAACAAUGUGUUCAAAAUGGCACAGAAUAAAAAAAGAAAGAAAAAAGACUAAACAAAUCGAUAUUGAACAAUCAAACUGAGCUACCCGGCUGCAAACCUUGACCUUGUGACCGGCGAGGCUGCGACCAGGCCAAAGCCAAAGACAUGGAACUCUGGAGCUGGAGGAGAAACAGGAAGCUGGAGAGAAGAGAUUUUUUUUCUUGGAUUUUGGGGUGGGGUGGGGGGGUAGGGGGGGGGGCAG